AUGGAGCACCAGUAUCUGGUAAAGGAGCCAGAGCACGCCCCACCAGUGCAGCUAGGAUUAGAACCUGGCUCCUACCAAACUCGAGGGAGGAAAGUUGAGUACCUGUCACGAAAUCGCCUCUCAGAAGUUCCUAUAGAAAUAUGUCAUUUUGUUUCUUUGGAGAAUCUCAAUUUGUACCAAAAUUGUAUUCGGUAUAUCCCAGAGGCAAUUCGAAAUCUGCAAUCUCUAACUUUCUUAAAUAUCAGUCGGAACCAGCUAUCAACCUUACCAGUACAUUUGUGCAAUUUGCCACUGAAAGUCUUAAUUGCUAGUAAUAACAAAUUGGUCUCACUCCCAGAAGAAAUUGGACAUUUUCGACAUUUGACAGAACUUGAUGUGAGCUGCAAUGAGAUUCAAACAAUACCAUCCCAAAUUGGUAAUCUGGAGGCUUUGAGAGAUCUUAAUGUAAGAAGAAAUCACUUAGUACGUUUGCCUGAAGAGCUGGCAGAGUUGCCUUUAAUACGGAUUGACUUCUCUUGCAAUAAAAUUACAACAAUUCCUGUUUGUUACCGGAACCUGAGGCAUCUGCAGGUGAUCACGCUUGAUAACAAUCCACUGCAGUCUCCACCUGCACAGAUAUGUAUAAAAGGCAAAAUCCACAUAUUUAAGUACUUGAACAUACAAGCUUGUAAGAUUGCCCCAGACCUGCCAGAUUAUGAUCGGAGACCCCUGGGUUUUGGCUCUUGCCAUGAAGAACUGUACUCGGGUCGCCCCUAUGGAGCCCUGGACUCGGGCUUCAAUAGUGUGGACAGUGGGGACAAGCGGUGGUCGGGGAAUGAACCCACAGAUGAGUUCUCAGAUCUGCCUCUUCGAGUAGCAGAGAUUACUAAAGAACAGAGACUGCGGAGAGAAAGCCAGUACCAAGAGAAUCGCUGCAGUGUAGUGGUGACAAAUGGAGUGGACCACGACCUGGAGCAGAUUGACUACAUCGACAGCUGUGCUGCAGAGGAAGAGGAGGACGAGGUGAGGCAGCCCAAGGUCCUGGGCUCAGACAGCCUCAGUUCUCAGUUUGUGGCAUAUAUUGAACACCGGCGAAUCUCUCAUGAGGGUUCCCCAAUUAAGCCAGUGCCCGCUAGGGAGUUUCAGAAAUCAGAAGAUAUGAGAAGGUUUACACAUCUAAACAGGGUUCCAGCUGAGUCGGCUUCUGUCUUGUCAGGAUCACCAAGUCAUAAUCAGCUGCCCCUCACCGACAUGGAAGCUCACCGGAGAAGAGAACAAUUAGAGCGAGCUCGGCGCGAGGCCCAGAGGGCUGCCCUCCAGUACGAGGAGGAGAAAUUGAGGACCAAGCAGAUUCAGAGAGACGCUGUCUUGGACUUUGUCAAGCAAAAAGCAUCACAAAGUCCACAGAAACCGCCCUCUGCAGAUGGUGAGUGUCCUUUUCCAUCCAGAAGGUCUCAGCACACUGAUGAUAGUGCCUUGUUAGUGUCGCUGUCAGGGCUGAAUCAAGUGGGCUGUGCUACUCCUCUGCCUCAUGCUUCUGCCUCCCUGCUUCUCAAGAGUGAUGACAGAUCUAAUGCCUCAGCAAGUUCACCAACAACAGAAACAGUUCAUCACUCCCCUGCACAUUCCUCUCCUGCUGCUGCUCUCCAGAGAAAUCAGGCCCAGCGCCCGGAGAGCUUCCUUUUCCGAGCAGCUGUCAGGGCGGAAACAAGUAAAGGUCAUGGCUCACCCCUUUUGCCAUCUUCUGCACCUGCUACUGAUUCUGCAGAUUCCAUAGCACGGCAGAAUCUAAGCCAGCGUGAAGAGGAGCUGGAAUUAAUAGAUCAGCUACGGAAACAUAUUGAGUACCGGUUGAAAGUCUCUCUGCCUUGUGAUCUUGGAGCAGCUCUGACCGAUGGUGUUGUUCUUUGCCAUUUGGCCAAUCAUGUGAGGCCUCGAUCUGUCCCAAGCAUUCACGUUCCCUCGCCAGCUGUACCUAAAUUAACAAUAGCAAAAUGCAGGCGAAAUGUGGAAAACUUCCUAGAAGCUUGCAGAAAAAUUGGUGUACCUCAGGAGCAAUUAUGUUUGCCUCUCCACAUUUUAGAAGAGAAAGGUUUGAGCCAGGUGGCAGUGACGGUCCAGGCCCUCCUGGAACUUGCCCCGCCCAAGCACCAGCAGCACCAUUUCCCUGCUCUGUGAGGACCGGCUCCCGGAGCACGGGGGCGGCCUGGCCCAGGCAAGGACCUCCAGGACAUCAGGAUGCUGCUGCCGGCCCCCUGCUUAAACAAAGCGCUUGUGUGUUCUCAGAAGGGACUGUCCCCAUGAUUCCUAACAGGAAUGUUUUGCUUCAUUUCUCCAUUUUCGGGGAGGUUAUAUCCGUUUCCAUUGGGGUUUUAUUUUGUUUUGUUUUCAAAUCAAGACACCAUUGGUUGGUUUUCCCAAAUGAGCUGAAUUAAUGUGUUAAAAAUCCCCAAAUGGGCUGUGCUUUCUUGGAGAGGGCUUAUUUCAUACACCACAGAGACAUUUGUCAGAAGGCCGUCUAGCUCUCUGGUGGCACAGCAUGCUUUAUUUUAUUUUAUUUUUUUAAACUGUUUCCAAGACCUAUACAGUCCACUGGUUUUCAAGCUUGGUCGUUCAUCGUUAGAAUCUCUCAGAGCAUCUGUUAGCACGCACACUCCUAUUCAGUCCACUUUCGGGCCAGGCCCGAGAACCCCACUCUUUCAGGAAAUAAUACAGGUAUUUUUCAUGUAGUAAAGACCACUAUUCCAAGCUGGCGAUUGGAUUGUUUUUGGAGUAACGAGGUGUCUUUUUUUUUAAGUCAUGUUUAAAAUCAAAAGUUAGAUUAUGGCUACUUGGACUAUUCUUUCAAAGGCAAAACAAAAUAAUGCAGAAAGCCCCAGGCUUCAGAUUUUGCAUAGUAAAACAUUAGAACAAAUAUUAUAUAUAAGAUAGUGUCCUAGGCCUCCCUAUAGCUGCUGGCUGCCACCACCACUUCCUCAUCCGUGGUCGAGAAUGGUCCGCUGCAUCUGGGAGUGCUUGCACACAGUAGGCUUUGCGCUGCACACCUGAUGCCAAGGCCGGGAGCUGACCCACUCUGCACUGCAGCCUUGACUUCGAGGCCCCCUGCCCCCAAUGCUGCUCCUCACCCUGUGGAUGUGCUCCAGGCACAGCAAGUUAACUCCCCAACUCUAAUGGAGGAUGACACAAACGAAACAAAAAAAUAGAGGAAAAGCCACGUUUCUUCAACCUUGUUCAGGUAACUGCCGUUUCCAUGGCUGAAGUGAAAGCGCUUAGCACAGUUUGAAAAGCAUUCUUGUCUUAUCAACAAGUCCUCCAUGGAGCACCACUAGUGCCUUAGGUGCAGGAUGGGGGGGCUCUCAGACACAAAGCCGGGCCCUUCGUUCAACCUGAGCCACUGGAGUCUCCUUUCCUCUUCACGGAACCUGUGGGUUGUCCCUGAUGGCGUCUGCCGCUCUCUGCCUUCGGAAACCCCGCACUUGAAGUGCUGGUUACUUGGUUUAGUUUUUGGAUAUUCUUCACCAAUGUGAAUUUGGGCAUAAAAUUAUCCCUGUUUUUAAUCAUCUAAAUCUUAAGUUCCCAAAUUCACUUGGCUACCACUCCUUUUUAGAAAAGAAAAUUAACUCAGCACACUCCUGGCAAUUAAAAACUUUGUCUCAGAGCCCAUAAGCCAAUAUAAAAUGUAGGUACCUUUGAAGGUACCUGCCUUUGAAGGCCCUCUGGGUCCUGCCAGCACUUUGGGAAACCCUGAUGUAAAGGGAGUGCCUAAAAGAUUUGGAUAAAAUUCAUCUUAAUUAAAGCAAUGUUUUCUCCUUGUUCUAGCCGAAAAACAAGUUUAUCAGAACAUUUUGUCCAUGUUUAAAAUUAUACAACAGCAUCUGAACUCAAAAGCCCAGUCUCUCGGGGCCCUCAAGGAACAAGUAGUUGUAACCACGUCAACAGUGUCUUAUGAGCGUUUGGAGCCAGGCCUCAUGAUACUGACAAGCCCAAGUAGAACGGUGUCGCUUACUCAGAAUUUAGCUCUAUGUGUUUUCAAAUUGUAAGUCUCUCCUUUUCCCCUCCCAGCCUCCUUUCACCCUUUCCUCCCUCCCCCAAGUGAACUUCAGCCUCCGUCCAAUCUCCAGAUCAUAGAGAGCCACCUGAAAUGCAGCUCAGUAAAAGACUAGUCGCCACUUACCAUGCAAGGGAUCGGUCCAGAAGACAUUAUGUUACGCAGUAUGUGCAAUGUUGGGCACUGAUUUCCCCAGAGGAGUAACUGGAAAGUGAGAUUAUUAGACUUACUUCAAAUUGCACUUAACAUGCAGGAAACAUUGUGUUUUUAUCGAAGUACUUCAGAUUCUCCCAAUGCAAUAUGGCAUUUGAUUUCUUUGACUGCUGCUUCCAGGGGCCAUGGUGGAAGGAGAGGUUGUUUGUUCGAUUGGCCACAGAGUAGGGAAAUCCUUAGGAACAGACCACUUUUACAUGCAUCCUAAGAGCUGAUCAAGGAAGGUGCGUUUUCUGACAUGCAGCUCAGCAACAACCAAAUGUGACUCUGCUGAUGUGACGGAUGAAUUGCAAAAACUAAGCGCUUAACUGGUUACAGAAAUGAAGGAAAACCCGGAUACAUAGAAGCCUUUUUAUAUACAUAUUCCAGUGAAGUGGUUUACAGCAUAUUUUGUCUGAAAAUGUUGUAAACAUGUAAUUAGUUAAGAUUUUUUAAGCAGUCAUAUUUGUAUGUCUGUAAAUAUAUUGCAUAAGUUCUAAGUAUAAAUAUGUCAAUAUCAUGUGUUAAUUAAUUGCUCAUAUGCUACAUUAUACAUUGUUAUUAAAAUAGCCAACAACUUCAGUAGCAUGAAAUAAAGGCUGACUUGAAAAUA